GCUUAGCGUCGUUGCUGUCGUCACUUCCUGCCGGUACCGGUGUGGACGGUGUGGAUCGUGGCCGCGGGUUCUGCGGUUCUCCCCCUCCCCUACUCUUCUCCCUCCCUCCCUUUCCCUCCCUCGACGGCGGUAGGUCGUCAGUCGCAGACUCCCUGACCCGCCCCUAACCCCUUUCUGACCUCGGGGCCACCGGAUUGGCCUUUUCCCGUUUCCCGGCCCAACCCCAGAGUCAGGGCGGGGGCCUUGAGGAGGCGGAGGCGGUGCCACGGAGGAGAGAAAAGACCAGACGACCCUCGGCUCCCCCGCCGGAUCGCACGGCUCGCAGCCGCCAUGGCAAUGAGGCAGACGCCGCUCACCUGCUCGGGCCACACGCGGCCCGUGGUGGAUCUGGCCUUCAGUGGCAUCACGCCUUACGGCUAUUUCCUGAUCAGCGCUUGCAAAGAUGGUAAACCUAUGCUACGCCAGGGAGAUACAGGAGACUGGAUUGGAACAUUUUUGGGUCAUAAGGGUGCUGUUUGGGGUGCAACAUUAAACAAGGAUGCCACCAAAGCAGCUACAGCAGCUGCAGAUUUCACAGCCAAAGUGUGGGAUGCUGUCUCAGGAGAUGAAUUGAUGACCCUGGCUCAUAAACACAUUGUCAAGACUGUGGAUUUUACGCAGGAUAGUAAUUACUUGUUAACCGGGGGACAGGAUAAACUGUUACGCAUAUAUGACUUGAACAGACCUGAAGCAGAACCUAAGGAAAUCAGUGGUCAUACUUCUGGUAUUAAAAAGGCUCUAUGGUGCAGUGAGGAUAAACAGAUCCUUUCAGCUGAUGAUAAAACUGUUCGCCUUUGGGAUCAUGCUACUAUGACAGAAGUGAAAUCUCUAAAUUUUAAUAUGUCUGUUAGCAGUAUGGAAUAUAUUCCUGAGGGAGAGAUAUUGGUAAUAACUUAUGGACGAUCUAUUGCUUUUCAUAGUGCAGUAAGUUUGGACCCAAUUAAGUCUUUUGAAGCUCCUGCAACCAUCAAUUCCGCAUCUCUUCAUCCUGAGAAAGAAUUUCUUGUUGCAGGGGGUGAAGAUUUUAAACUUUAUAAGUAUGAUUAUAAUAGUGGAGAAGAAUUAGAAUCCUACAAGGGGCACUUUGGUCCCAUUCACUGUGUGAGGUUUAGUCCUGAUGGAGAACUCUAUGCUAGUGGUUCUGAAGAUGGAACAUUGAGACUAUGGCAGACUGUGGUAGGAAAAACAUACGGCCUUUGGAAAUGUGUGCUUCCUGAAGAAGAUAGUGGUGAGCUGGCAAAGCCAAAGAUCAGUUUUCCAGAGACAGCGGAAGAGGAGCUAGAAGAAAUUGCUUCAGAGAAUUCAGAUUCCAUCUAUAGUUCAACUCCUGAAGUUAAGGCCUGAGCGUCAGGCAGAUGUACACAACUUAUGGACUAAAACAAACAGAGAAAAGCAU